UCAGGCUAUUUCGGAAGGAAAGUGUUGAUCAAGGAGAGACCACACCAGGUCAGAGGGAAGCUGUCCCCCUCUCUAGUGACACAGGAAGGAGGAAAUCAUUCUGGGGAAGGCUUGGUGAGUCGUGGGCAGAGUUGGGGAACAUCCUCAAAGAGGUAGGUUUGAGAUGUGCCUUCUAAGAUUAGGCCUUACAAGCAGGAGCCUUGGGAUUUUUCAAAGGCAAACCAAGAGUCAGAAGUUCCUGAUCUUUAAUUUGAGAGAAAGCCAUAAAGUGGAAAGACUUUAGUGUCUUUUCUUGAAGCUUUUUAACUGUGAGUGUCAACGAAUGGCAGUAGGAGGCACUGUGGGAUUAACAAUGUGACGAUCCAUGGUUGGGAGUUGAAGCACUUCAUCCUCUAGAUUACUGUAGGUUACAUAAGUGUCUGAUGGCGAGAACAAGGAAGGAUGCACCCCUAGUCAUGAAUUGAGUUCUCAGACACUUUGGGCUGGACCACACUUGGUUGGAGCUUGAUGGUGGUAAGCAUUAUGAAGUCAUUAUGAACUCCAGGAUUAUCUGCACCACAUCUGAUAUGAGAUAACAAUGUCGCAGAUGUUUAUGUCUCAGUCAGAUUAUAACUUUCAGUGCCGGGGGUUGUGUAAUAGUGAGUGUGGCACGUUUAUGGCAUUAGAGGUUGGGAAGAGGGACAUAGCUUAAGAAUCAAUCUUUAAGAAAGCUUUUCUGCUCUUUCAGGGAUUCACCCAGUCUCUACCAUUUCCCCUUCCUCUACCUCCUUUUCGGAUUCAGAAUGAUCUUUUCUGCCCACGGGCCAUCAAAUAUGCAAAUUCACUUGGGUUUAUAUGUCUACAGGUUUUGGUAGGAAGGCAUCAUCCCAAAAUGUCAUCAGUAAGCAAGAGGAGUGUCUAAAGGAACUGGAGGAACUCAAAUUUGAAAUCCAGAAGUGUCAAUUCGAGAGGGAUGAACUUUAUCAAAUCCUGGAUCUUUAUAUCUAUGAUGAGUGGGACCACAGGUAGUCAUUAUGCCCAGUAACCUGUUCACUGUCUUGCGCUCUCUCUCUGCUACCUCGAGAUUUCCUCAUAGCACGAGAAAGUUUCACCUCUCAUCCUGGAUUUUAAGGAGAUUUGGCAAGCAUUUGCUUGUGAGAUAAGCUAGGUGCUGUGUGUUUAGGGUCAACCUCUUUUGUACUUGACCCUGAGCCUCUUGGAUUAGCAUUGGUUCUGUCAACAGCUAGAAGGACCUUGUCACACUUGCUGAAACUGUGUGUGUGAAUGAAAUGCCUGCACGUCAUCACUCUUUCCUCUGAAUUUGUUCAUUAUACACUGAUUCUAUGGCACCUCCAUGGAUGUAGUUGGCAUUCUAAAUGUGUUUGGAUAUGGGUUGGUGUGUAUAUAUGUGGCAGUAUUUGUUGGUGGUUUACUCUGGAUCAGGACGUCUGGGACCUUUGAUGGGGUCUGAGGAUUUGUUUGAUCAACACUUUGCAGGUCAUGAUAGUGAUGAGUACGUGGAGGCCCACACUGAUCAAAAGAGCACUUUGCUCCUUCUGUAUACCUUGGUGGCACCCAGGACUCUCCUGAGGGGAGGAGGUGCUAUAAAUCCUCUUCCCGGUCAAACUUAGUUAUGCCCUCUGGGAAUUCAUGUAACGAUAGAAACCAAGGAUUGAGUAUACCUGCUUUCAAAACAAGAGAAAUGUCAUCACAGCUUUCUCUUGGGCCCAAAGCUGUGGCACAGACUGGAGGAAUCUUCUUCCUGAACUAGUCAAUUCCAUCAUGCUCACCUGGCCAGCUCUUGAAGGUCAGGUCGCUCCAACUGGUACCGUGGCUCAGUUCUCCUGUGCCCAGGAUAAUAAACUUAACCAGUACAAAUACUUUGAAGGAGCAAGUAUGUUGUACAUACUGAGUUUAAGUAACAGGGAGAGCAGUCUGAUUUUACCUAAUUUCUUUCACCUGCUUUGAUCUUUAGUUUUUUAUUUUUUUAAGUACCCAGGGAUUGAUUAUUGUGACCUAGAAAUGGUCACUGUGGUCUUGACCAUUGUUCUUCCCAAACAGGCAGCUCUCAGGCUCUGCCCCCUCCUAUAUAGUGAGUCUUUGCAGAACCAUAUCUCUCAGGAUUCCAAGGAGUCCUUAUUUCAAAACAAAUGUUUGCUUAUUUACAUAGAAAUAUUUUCUGUGGAUUGAGUCUCACUGUUGGGUUUUGGUCUGGUUUUUGAAUUUGCCAUUUUCUUCCCUUCCACCAUUCCUUGAAUUUGAAAUUUUUUAUUAUAUAUUUUCAUUUACAUUUCACCUAAUUCUGAAAUCGUGAGUUCAAAACAUUAUUUGUUCCUUUGGCCAUGACCUAACCCAGGCUGCAUGUAGAAUUGCCAGUCCUUCAAUCUGAACAUGAGAUGAGAAUGAUGGCUAUGCAAAUGAUGACCAACUCAAUAAGCGAUGCCAUGGAGAGGUACAAGGAGCUCAUACAAGUGAACAGUUCCUACCGCAUCAGGCAAUCCCAGCUCCUGCGUGAACAAGCUCAAUUGAAGAACAAUAUACAGAUUUUGCUGAAUGAGAAGAGAGAACUGCUGGUGGAGCAGACUGAACUGCCAGCAUCCUCUGUGGAGGCAAAGAGGCUCUGUGAAGAGGCUGGAAUGAACAUCUGUGACCCCAGAGCCAUGCAACAGCAGAUCUCACUGUGGGAGCAGAGGAAGCCCUGAGAAAGUACAGCCCUAAGUGGAUGUGUGUUGGAAACAUGAUAUGACCAUGCCUUGGACCCAAAGCCAUUUAUCCAUGUGGAAAAGACAAAGGCCCCCAUGCCCCUUGAGGCUCAGAGACAUGACAACACCUUCUCAGGAUGGCAUUGAUAGUGUGUGCAGAAAAAGUCUACUCUACCUUUCUCUCUGGCCCCAUCUGGAUAUUUACAGCCUGAAGACUGCUCCCUGCAGAGACUGCUCCUACUGAGAUUAGCUAAAUCUGCCCCUUGUCAGUUACAUAUGCAUAGUCCUCCCCUCCUUGUUUAUCUGCAUGCAAUGCCCACCUCCUUGCUGCCCUGUGCAACAGCCCUGCUUCCUGGCCAGCUCUAUAUAAUAAACCUGCUGAGCUUCUGUGAUGCUGCAUUUUCUCCAGCCCACGGACCCAGCCUUCCCCAUGUAUGUGUGUCCAAUGUCAAUCUUCAUUUCCUCCUCACCCCUGGUCAGACCCAAGUCCCUGGAGCCACUCAAAGGACUUGGCAAUCUCAGUCUGCUCCACUUUGAAGGAAGUGCUUUCUAAAAUGAAAUCUAAAGCACACAGUGGGUUCAGCUCCCUCUCAAGUGUCUUUGGUGAGGGUUGGGGUGGGUGUGAGACCAGUUACAUUCUGACUAUUGCAGAAGAGUAAAGGAUUCACAGUUUGCUUUUGGUGAACGUGAGCUCCCCAAGAGGCUAUCAUUGCCAACGUUUUCCCAAGUCACUUCUAGGAGGUCAACUGACUCCUAGGUGAGUCUUUGGUUACACUGCUUCAGUUUUCUGUGGCUACACUGUCCAAAUGGCACCCACUGGUCACACAUGGCUAUUUGAGAUGAACUAAACUUAGAACUAAAAUCUGCCUCUUUAGUCACAGCAGGCAAACCAGGAGGCAAACAGCCAGCCAGAAUCCAUAGCAAGAAACACAGCAGAUAUAGAAUAUUUCUAUCAUCUAGAAAUUUCUCCUGGACAGCAGUGGUCUAGGUUCUUGGUGUCUGGUUUUUCCUUCAGGGAGAAUUAUUUGCCGUACUAAUAUCAAAAGGUUUAUUUUUAAAGCAACUUUACCAAAAUAUGACUUACUCACCCCCAAAUUAAUCCAGUUUAAGUCUACAAUGUAAUGGUUCCCCAUAAAUCUAUCCGAGUUCGACGGUAGACCACAGAACAAAAGAAAGACAGUUUAUGCAGUUAUGUAAAAUGGUAUGCAUCAAUAUUGACCACUGCAUAAUUAUACUGUACUACUUUUGAUUUCUUCAAAAUUCAGGCCUUUUAUUGAUUGUUUUACAAAAAUACAUUAUCCUAGAGUUGAGAAAAUAUUAUACAAUAUUUCAUCUGGGCUUUUUAUUUCAUUGAGACUUUAAUAUUUUUGCAUCUUUUGCUAGUAUUGUUAGAUUCUUUAUAAGAGUUUUAUUUUGUGGAUUUUUUUGCCGAUCUGGUCACUAUUUGACGCCAUUUCAAUGUUCUCAGGAUUUUGAUGACAAUAAUACCACAAUGAUAAAGUGAUACUCAUUUUCUUGAGCCAUUUACAUAUGUAUAUACACACAUAUAUGGGAAGUUAUGUAUACAUAUUUCUAUGCUAUACUGUGUAGAAUACAAUUCUAUUAUACGUCAACAUAUACAGUUUGCUCAAUAUGAUUUCUGUGAAUGUUAUCAGUCAUGGGGAAAUAAUAAGAGCCUGAAUAAACAUGGACAAUAUUUGCAGAAUGCACAUAAAAUUGAAGAUGGUAUAUAAGCAAAAGUGUGAAGUAUAUCACUUAGAGCUUUCAUAUCGAAUGCACUUUAAAAUUUUUAAUAGAUUAAAAAAAUUUAAAUCAUCUU